AUGUGCGAGUAUCCUGGCAAUGUUGAAAGCUGCAACUCACAGCCGGAAGAAGGCUCAGGUGUUUCGAGCGUCUGCUCCAAGGAUGGAUACUUCUCCUAUGGCAAUUGCUCUGAUGUAUUCUACGCCUGUUCCAAUGGACGCCAGAUUCCCAUGUUCUGCCCAGCAAAGCUGGCUUUCGACGAAUCCAGACAGCUCUGUGAUUACCCACUGGCUGUAGCCAUUUGCACAGAGGGAUCUGGUGAGAGCUCCGGCGGAUCAUCGGGAGAGUCUUCAGCAGAAGCUUCUGGAGGGGGCUCUGAAGCAUCUGGAGAGACUUUCGAGGAGGGCUCGGGCAAAGCAUCUGGAGGGUCUUCUGGAGAGGGCUCAGGCGAAGCACCUGUAGAGCAGCCUAGAGAGGGCUCGGCAGAAGGUUCUGGAGGAUCUCUUCGAGACGACCAGACCGAUUUCUUGACCGAACCAAGAUUGCGGACAGUGCUAGCGAGUAUGCGAGGAAGUCUGAUGCAGAACAUACUUCAUCCGACGAACGUGCUGUUGAAGGGUCUGCAGAAGCUUCGGGAGAGCCCUCCGGAGCUCAUGAAGACUAUUCUGGCGAUGGCGUUGAGGCCUCUGGAGGGCUCUCCUAUGAAGCUUCGAGAACAUACGAAGCGUCAGGAGAGUCCUCCGGUCGAGGCAAUGGAUGAGCCAACCACUCCGGUUCCUGAGACAGGUGCUUCUCCCUUUCUACUUUUCGGAAUUACUUACUAUGCUGGAUACGUUUUCUCGGAGGAGCAUCGAACAUGUGCUGAGGCGUCUAAGGUGAAGGAAUGUUUACAGUCAGAACCAGCCGCUGAUGCUGGAGCUCCUGUACCGCAACCCCAGACAACUGCACUACCAGAGCAACCAGUUGUUGACACUGUAGCACCACAGACAACACAUGUACCAGAACAGCCAGCUCCUGGCGCUGGAUAUGGUGCACCACCAGUGGAGACGACAUCGCUACCAGAAACAGCCAGCUGCCGAUGCCGUACCACCACAGCCUGA